GUUUCGCUGAGUGGGCUACUCAAACACACCCAGUGGACUGUGAUUGGUAAGCUUUAUCUGUCAGCCCCUCCUCAACUUUCUUACAGUAAACCACAGAUUGCAUUUGCAUGAGUUUCAGUGUGUGCUAGAAGAUGUUUGAAGAACUCCUGCAGGAUGCGGUCUCGCUCUCCUUGUUGGGGGCCCUCGCAGGGGUGCUGGCUGUCCACCUCUACUCCAUCUUGAGCUUCCGGAGCAAGGCCAAGUUGGAGCCUCCGGGGCCCAGAUCGCUCCCCCUGGUUGGCAACCUGCUUCAGGUGGAUCUCAAGAGACUGGACGAGUCUCUUUUCAGUCUAUCCCAGACCUAUGGCCCGGUUUUCACAGUCCAUUUAGGACCCAAGAAGGUGGUGGUCCUGGCCGGAAGCAAGACGGUCAGAGAGGCUCUCAUAAACCAUCCUGAUGAAUUUGGAGAAAGGGACAUCAAUCCACUCUUCUAUGAUUUCAAUGAAGGACAUGGCAUCAUAUUUGCUAACGGGGAUUCAUGGAAGGAAAUGAGAAGUUUCACCUUGACAACGCUGAGAGACUUUGGGAUGGGCAAGAAGCUCAGUGAGGAGAAAAUCAUUGAGGAGUGUCACUUCCUCAUCAAGGAAUUUGAGCAACACAAAGGUGAACCCUUUAACAGCGCAACAGUCGUCAGCUACGCGGCUUCUAAUAUCAUCUCGGCGAUUAUGUUUGGAAAGAGGUUUGAAUACGACGAUAAGGUUUUCCAAGAAAUUAUACAGACGAACGUCGACACCAUCUAUCUGUCUGGAACGGCUCCUAUGCUGAUGUACAGUUUCUUCCCCUGGCUGCGCCCCUUUCUCAAAACUCGGAAGGUUAUUAUGCAUAACGUGGAAACUACCAAGCAGCAUAUACGAAACUUAAUAGCCGAGCUAAAGGAGACGUUGAGCCCUCACGUUUGCAGAGGCUUAGUCGAUGUUUUCUUCACACGGAUCGAAAAUAUGGAGAAUGAAAACCAGAAGCAGCACUAUCAUGAUGACAACCUGGUCAACAGCGUGAUUAAUUUGUUCGGAGCGGGCACCGACACCACAUCCGACACGAUUUCCUGGAGUCUGCUUUUCAUGGCCAAGUACCCUCAAAUUCAAGAUAAAGUCCAGGAGGAGCUGAGCAGGGUGGUCGGACUCCGACAGGUUCAAACGGAGGACCGCAAGAACCUGCCUUUUGUGAACGCCGUCAUCCACGAGACUCAAAGGCUGGCCAACAUCGUCCCCAUGUCCAUCAUGCACCAAACCAACCAAGAUGUUACCUUCCACGGAUACAAUAUCCAAAAGGGGACCGCCGUCAUGCCUCUGCUGACGUCCGUCCUUCGUGACGAGAGCGAAUGGGAAACGCCCAAUGCCUUCAACCCGUGGCACUUCCUGGAUGGAGAGGGUAACUUCGUCAAGAGGGACGCCUUCUUGCCCUUCUCUGCAGGCCGCAGGGUUUGCCUGGGUGAGGGUCUGGCCCGGAUGGAGCUCUUCCUCUUCUUCACGUUUCUCCUACAGCGCUUCCGCUUCACUCCUCCGCCCGGGAUUUCCGAAGACGAGCUGGAUUUGAGGCCCGUGGUGGGUUUCACCCUUCACCCAACGCCGCAACGGCUGUGUGCCAUCCGGCGCUACUGAGGAGCUUAAAUCGAAAGCCAUAGGAAAGUUCAAAACGUGUGAACUCGAUCAAAUGCUUCCCCAGUUCACCGAGUCGUAUCAUAUUUGGGUGUCUCCUGUUAUUUGCUGACAAUUUUUAAGCAAUUAAUAUUUGAAUACAAACAGGCAGCUAAAUACAACGAUAAAAACUACAAUUCAAAAUUGAAAUUUAAUUGAAUGCAAAUACAAAUAAAACAGAAAAUGACAAAUACAAAUACGAUAUCAA